CUCUUUCUUUUUGGACAUUAUAACACACAUGACCUCUAAAACCAGAAAAACAACCUUUGGUCCUCGUACUUAGCUCAGAGGUAACGUGCAUGAUUUGAGAAGGCUGGCCCCCUGGUUCAAAUCCUGUCCGUUCCUUGGUCUUCUCCCGUCUCUUCCCCUCUUCUCCUGUCUUCUCCUGUGGUAUCGUAUGGUAUCGUAUGGUGGCGUGACAGGGGGAACUUCGAUUUUCAUGCAUCUAACUUUGAGUCUAAGUACGAGAGACCUUAUGCAUUUUUUGAUAAUGAUUUCUUUUAAUUAUUCGAUAUGAGUUUAUUCUUUUGUGCGGUAUAUAAGGAGAGUUUAAAUAGCAUUACAUUUAAUAAUGGACGAGUCAUUUGACGAGUGUGGUUAUAAGUUUAUUGGAAGUCCUUCUUUAUACAUGUAUUAUCAUUACAGUAUUGAUAAUAUUAGAAAUGCUUAUCCUAACCAAUUAAUUUAUCUCAGUGCAUCUGAACGUCUGGAAACUUUUUGUAAUUGGCCAAGACCAGAAAUUAAUGUUGUUAAGCUAUCUGAAGCUGGUUUUUUCUACCAUGGUAGAGGAGAUAAAGUGAUAUGUUUCCAUUGUAAUGUAUGCAUUCAUGAUUGGCAACUUGAUGAUGAUCCAUUGGUUGAACAUGCUAGAUAUAGCCCACGUUGUCAUUUCAUUUAUGUUAAAUGUGGAAUGGAGUUCAUAUUCAAAUCAGUUAUAGCUAAAAGGAAACCACAAGUACCAAAGGCAGUGGUGCCUAAGGAUGAUCGUUAUAAAUGUAAAGUUUGUAAAGAAAAGGAAAUUGAAUGUAUUUUAAAUCCUUGUGAACAUGCUGUGUCAUGUACUGAUUGUAUUCUUGAUAAAAUGAAUUGUCCAAUUUGCCAAACCCAUAUAAAGAAGGUAAUGAGAUUGUCAUUGAUUGAUUGAAGUAAUAAACUUUGUUUUGAAAGAUUCACUCUUAAUGAUACUAACAAUUUCGUGACUAAGAUUAUUGAAGAUAACUUCGGUAUGGGAAUUAGCCUCAGGGCUUUCCAAUGAUUGUAGAAACCUCUUAAACUUGUUUAAACUUGUUUCUAAACGAAAGGUUGGACCAUCAAUAUAAUCCCCUGGGGGUCCAGUUAGCAUCCAAGAGGUAAUGAUUAUCUUAGACUUACCAUCAAUCUUUUGACAGGUAAUUAUAUGUUGAUGGUUUUUACCAGUUUCAAUGUAUUUGAAAGGUACUUUAUAGCUUGAGGCCAUUGUAUAGAUUUACUUUAGGUAAUUACUUUUUGGAAAGAAGAUUAUUUUCAGAAAUUCUUUUUAUUAAGAUCAAGGUUUACAGAUUACUGAUUUCAGUUAUCAUCAUUAUUGAAAAGAUCAGGAUUACGAGACCAAAAUUCAUGUUCAGAAGGAAUUAAUUGGAUAUUUUCCCAAAAGGAGAGAUAUCGUUCCAACUGAUAUCGAGUUAAUGGUAACAACAUCAUCAUGGGAUAUCUAUCAAUUACAUUGAAAACUCUUAUGAAAAAACUAAUUGAUGUUUGUCCAUAAUUGAAUCUCUGAAUGGCGAUACUCAUCCACUCAUCUCGUCUUGUCUCUCCGUACAACCUUCUAUGGAGAGUCAAACAGUAACCGAUAAAAUACAUGUUAUGUACUCCUCGUUUAUCAAUAACUGCUUGAUUUAUCCUCAAUCUAUCAAUUGUUUCUUCAGCUUCUAAACUUGUUGUUGGUCGAGGAAGAGAGUUGAUAUCCAAAAGAUCGUCUCGUGUUUGAAUUCUACCUCUAUAUCUGUUAAGAAAUGAAG